GCCAUGCUGGAGCACAUGUCCCGUCGCUCUCGCUCCAUGCUCUCUCUGACUUUAACCACUCUGGCUCUGACCCUCUCCAUCCUGGCCCUCUGCACCUCCUACUGGUGUGAGGGAACGCACAAGGUGGUCAAGCCUCUCUGCCUGUCGCCCGUCAAAAUGAAGAACUGUGGCCAGAACAACAGUGAGCCUUACACCACAGAGAGUCCCACUCAGAACCCGUUCAACCGCACUCUUUCUCCAGCCAGAAGAGAGGAGCUGGCCAAGAUCAGGCAAAGGCAGCUGGCCAACGCGGUUCACUACAUCUGGGAGACGGGGGAGGACAAGUUUGCCUUUAGAUAUUUCCACACCGGCUUCUGGGAAAGCUGCGAGGAACAAAACGAUGGGGAGGUGUGUCGCAGCUUCAUCGACCUAACUCCCGGAGAUACACAAGGCGUGCUCUGGCUGUCAGUUGUUUCUGAGUUUACAUACAUCGGCCUGCUGGGGAUGGGCUUCUUACUGAUGUGCCUGGAAAUCAUGUGCUCCCAUAAAGAGAUGCAUGCGCUGAAGAUCAAUGCCUUCGCUGCUAUUUGUACUGUGCUGUCAGGUCUUCUUGGGAUGGUAGCACAUAUGAUGUUCACCACCGUAUUUCAGAUGACAGUCAUUGUGGGACCUAAAGACUGGAGACCUCAGUCCUGGGACUACGGCUGGUCCUUCGCCCUUGCCUGGGUGUCCUUCAGCUGCUGCAUGGGGGCAGCUGUGGUGACGCUCAACUCCUACACAAAGACCAUCAUUGAAAUCCGUCGCAGGCAGAGACUUCGCUUGGAGGAAGCGAGAGCCGCCGCUCACGCACCGACGUAUGACGAGGUCGUUCCGGGAGGAGGGUUCUACUCUGUCAGCGGCCUGCUGCACUGUCCAGAUGGCAUAAUCGAUGUUGCAUGGGCCCCGAAUGGAAGCGUGGUGGGAAUGGGAAAUGGGGACGUACCGACGCUGGUUUUGGUGGGGGGCUGUGGGCCAGAAGGGUGUGAGGACUGUGAAAGAGAGAGGGAUGAGAUGGAAGAGGCCAUAGAGAGAGUCGACUCACCUUGUUAG